AGGUUCAUAUUAUGUCUGAAAUUCAAAAUUUUGUAUUUGGUGAAAAUAAGUGUGUGCACCACCGCACAAAUAGUUGCUAAUUUAGACCGCACCUGCUUCUCGUCUGGGGACAUUGUGCGAAAAAAAAAAUUAACAAGAAAGUUUCGGUUAUGUUUCGGUUGGAUUUUGGCUCUUGCCGUGUGAGAUGCAGGCGUCGUGUAUGUUUAGCUUUUACGUCAGUAGUAAUUUUGAUGUGGAAACGCAAUCUUAGACAUGGAUUCCGGGGACGAAAACGCUUUGCAUGAAUCCCUAAAGCAAUACGAGCAGCAACUUGAAGCAGUCGAACUCGCUCUAUCGUCCAACACUAGUGAAUCUCAAGCUGCUGACUUAUUGGAAUUAAAACAAAACUUGGAAGAAGUCAUUAGCCUUACCAAAGCGACGCUGCGUGGUGUGGUAGAUGAAGACUCGUCCACACAUCAAGAGCAAGUUCACGAUGACACCGAUAUCGACGAAGAGUUUGCAAAGUUUCAGGCAGAGAUGGCAAGCCUUGGGGCUUCUUCAGAACACCAAGAUCAAGCAGUCACUGCUGUUGAGGACCAUUCUAAGGAGCUUGCGGAACUUGUGGACCACCUAGAAGGCUCUAAAGUGCGUGCACCAUUUUCAAAAGACUGGGGACAGAUGUCAUACCACAGCGCCAUUGUUCUCUCCGUCGAUGCUUCAGACAUCACUCAUGUUGAUGACAUUAAAGUCAAUGUUAUGUUCACCCACCCCACUGUAUCAGCCAUGAAGCCAUGUUCAUUCUUCCUUGAAGGUCGCUGCAAGUUUAGCCAGGAACGAUGUCGCUUCUCUCAUGGCCACGCUGUUGCGCUGUCUGAGCUGCGGGAAUAUUCUGAGCCCAGCUUCAGCACUUUCAAACCUGGCUCACCGUGUCUUGUGAAGAGCGACAUAGAUGGCCUGUGGCAGCUGGCUGCCUUGGAGUCCAUUGGACAACGGCAAGAUGAGGUCAUGGUUUGUCUUUCCCACUCUGGGAAAACAGUGUCCAUUGCAGUUGAGGAUGUCUUUCCCUUGGAAGGCAAUAGAGAAGUGGAAAGCUCAGACUCUGAUGGUGAUUCUCAGCCAGCUGCUGAUGCUGUGCCAAUCACUGGUGGCUGCGACGAUGAGCAGGAGGGCGUGCCUGUUGUUGCUUGGUCUCCAAGCACCGCAUCUGGUUUGCCUCUAGGAGCUUGGGAGAAGCAUACAAAGGGUAUUGGUUCCAAGCUGAUGGAAAAAAUGGGCUAUGUCUGGGGACAAGGACUUGGCAUUAGGGGUAAUGGUAGAACUGAGCCAGUUGAGGCUGUUGUGCUACCUGCAGGAAAGUCACUAGACAAGUGCAUGGAGCUGAAGGAACUGGGCAUGACACAAGAUUCAGCCAAAGUGCAAAGAAAGAUGCUGCUUAAAAUGAAGAGAGAGGAAGAGAAGAUUGAAAGGCGUUAUCACAAGGCAGCACAACCUGAAUCAGUGUUUGAUUUUUUGAAUGGUCAGAUAUUCUCAAAAAAGGAUUCUAAAAAUGCUGGUGAACAGUAUAACAUCCAUAAGGAAGCAAAUAGCAGUCAGGAUCUGAAAUCGGUUUCACUGAGGGGCCUGGGUAUUGAGGCACUACAAGUCACAGAAGCAAUAAAAAGAGCAGAACGUGAAAUUGUAAGGCUGGGACAUUCUUCUGCCAGGAAUAAAGACAGAGACAAAGUAAUGCACGCACAGGUGGAAAAGAAGAUAGAAGAGCAGAGGCAGUUGAUUCGUCAGUUGCAGUCUAAAGAACGAUCUAUUGCUGCUGAGCAGCAGCAUCGGAAAGGCAAUGACAAGUUGAGGAUCUUUUGAUGAAAAGAACCCUUUGUGACUGGCUUGUCUUCGUGUGCGUGCGUGUGUGUGUGUGUGUGUGUGUGUGUGUUUGUGUGUGUUUGCACGCGCCUGCGCUCCACUGACAAUGGGUGAACAUCUUGUUUGAACUCAUUUGAAGACAAGUGAGGAUGCAAAUGGCAAUUUGUAAAUAAAGCAAGGGCAGAGCCCUUUUUGGAAAAAAUUUUCAA